GUCACCGCCGCCACCUCCCGCCCUCCUCUUGCCGCUCGGGCCGGCAGGUUCCACGAGAGAGCCCGGCAGACUGAGGGGGAAAGAGAGAGAGAGAGCGAGCGAGCGAGAGACAGAGAGAGAGAGAAAGAGAGAAAGGAAGGAGGGGAGGAGGAUUCAGGGAGUAGGAGCUGGGGAGCCCUGCUGCACACAGAGAGGUUCUGAUGGCUGGGUGAAGAGAGGAAAACGGCAGAAAGGUUGAAGCACUGUGAUACUUUUUUACACUUGGAAAGAAGCUGCCCUGUAUCUCUAAAGUUGAGAACACUGUGACUCCUCUAGGUAAUUACUUUUGGUGACUGUCUCCUCUUUAUGCAAUGUAUCAGUCCAUAUCUGAAACUAGACAUCCUCUGCAGUCAGAAGAACAGGAAGUAGGCAUUGACCCCUUGUCCAGCUAUUCACAUAAGUCUGGAGGAGAUCCAAGUCAAAAUGGGAAAAGAACAAAUUCUACCUUAGACUCUGAAGGAACCUUUAAUUCAUAUAUGAAAGAAUGGGAAGAACUAUUUGUAAACAACAAUUACUUGGCAACAAUAAGACAGAAGGGGAUUAAUGGGCAGCUGAGAAGCAGCAGGUUCCGUAGCAUCUGCUGGAAGCUCUUUCUUUGUGUUCUUCCUCAAGACAAAAGUCAAUGGAUAAGUAGAAUUAAAGAACUAAGAGCAUGGUAUAGCAGUAUUAAAGAAAUACAUAUCACUAAUCCAAGGAAAGCUGUUGGCCAGCAGGAUCUGAUGAUCAACAAUCCCCUUUCACAAGAUGAAGGAAGCCUUUGGAACAAGUUCUUCCAGGAUAAAGAAUUGCGGUCUAUGAUUGAGCAGGACGUCAAAAGAACAUUUCCUGAAAUGCAGUUUUUCCAACAAGAAAAUGUGAGAAAAAUUCUUACAGAUGUUCUGUUUUGUUAUGCUAGAGAAAACGAGCAGUUGCUUUAUAAACAGGGUAUGCAUGAGCUGCUAGCACCUAUCAUCUUUGUUCUUCACUGUGACCAGCAAGCUUUUCUACACGCUAGUGAGUCUGCACAGCCCAGUGAGGAAAUGAAAACUCUAUUGAACCCUGAGUUUCUGGAGCAUGAUGCCUACGCAAUGUUCUCACAGCUUAUGGAAACUGCUGAACCUUGGUUUUCUACUUUUGAGCAUGAUGGUCAAAAGGGAAAAGACUCUCUGAUGACACCUAUCCCCUUUGCUAGACCACAGGAUUUAGGGCCAACAGUUGCCAUUGUUACUAAAGUCAACCAGAUCCAGGAUCACCUACUGAAGAAGCAUGAUAUUGAGCUCUACAUGCACUUGAACAGACUAGAAAUUGCACCACAAAUAUAUGGGUUGCGAUGGGUGCGGCUGCUGUUUGGGAGGGAGUUCCCACUACAGGAUCUGCUGGUGAUCUGGGAUGCCUUGUUUGCAGACAGCCUCAGCCUGAGCUUAGUAGAUUAUGUCUUCAUAGCCAUGCUGCUCUAUAUCCGAGAUGCUUUAAUUUCUAGUAACUACCAGACCUGCCUCGGCCUUCUGAUGCAUUAUCCACUCAUCGGAGACAUACACUCACUGAUCCUUAAAGCUCUGUUCCUUAGAGACCCAAAGAGAAAUCCAAGGCCUGUAACUUACCAGUUCCACCCCAAUUUAGAUUACUACAAGGCACGGGGAGCAGACCUUAUGAAUAAAAGCCGGACCAAUGCCAGAGGUGCUCCCCUGAAUAUACACAAGGUCUCCAACAGCCUGAUUAACUUUGGAAGAAAGUUGAUUUCCCCAGCCUCGGUUCCAGGCAGCUUGGGUGGCCCUGUGCCCGGGAGCAACAGCAGCAGCUCUUUCUCUGCUGCCAUCCCCACCUCUGAGGAAGCCCCAAGGCAUCAUGUGCAGCAGCAGUGGCAGCGGCAGCAGCAGCGGCAGCAACAGCAGCAGCAACAGCAGCAGCGGCAGCAACAGCAGCAGCGGCUGAUGAAAUCUGAAAGCAUGCCGGUACAGUUGAACAAAGGCGACGUAGUUACAGGAAGCAGUGCUCAGAUCUCUGUUCCUGUCCAGGCUCUAACUGACCUCCAAGGGCAAAAUUCUAAGAUCAUCAGUCCAACCUCAAGCAUCGAGAGUUUGCCUGGGGGAAGAGAGUCCUCUGGCUCCCCACCUUCAUCAGCCUCUAAAAAGGAUUCCUUUUUCAGCAGCCUCGCACGUUCCCGCUCACACAGCAGAACUAUAGGGAGAAAAGAGUCUGAAGAGGAAUUGGAAGCCCAGAUUUCCUUCCUCCAAGGACAGCUGAAUGACCUAGAUGCUAUGUGCAAGUACUGUGCCAAGGUUAUGGACAUGCAUCUUGUUAAUAUUCAAGAUGUGGUAUUACAAGAGAAUUUGGAAAAAGAAGAUCAAAUUCUGGUUUCCUUGGCAGGUUUAAAACAGAUCAAAGACAUUCUGAAAGGUUCCCUGCGCUUCAACCAGAGCCAACUGGAGGCUGAGGAGAAUGAACAGAUUACCAUCGCGGAUGAUCACUACUGCUCCAGCGCCCAGGACCAGAGCCACCAAGUUCCUAGGGCCACCAAGCAGGCCCCUUCAGAGAUGCCGGGCUGCACAGGUGGAGGGACCCCCGAUGACUUCAUUCUGGUUAACAAAGAAGAUGAGGGGCGCAGUGCCAGGGGGGCCUUCUCAGGCCAGUCCCAGCCUCUUCUCGCCCUCAGAAGCACAUCUGGGAGGAACAGAGCAGCCUGCUCCCCACUGGUAUUCUCAGACCCCUUGAUGGGCCCAGCCUCAGCCUCCUCCAGCAACCCCAGCUCCAGCCCUGAUGACGACAGCAGCAAAGACUCUGGCUUUACCAUCGUCAGCCCCCUGGACAUCUGAGCACAGGGACCCGAGUAGUGGAGACCCUGCUGCUGAACUAACUUUUUUUCCCCAGCAUGCAUUUUGGCACUGGCACAACCCAUCCUUUAACAAGAGUUUUCCUCUUUUCGUGCCCUAUGUUCACCAGAAGUGCAGGUAGAGCUUUCCACCUGACCCCGUGACCCUUGCUCUGAGGUAGGGCGAAGUCAGGCGCCCAGCUCCGUGCCCACUGUCAGACAGACCACAAUCGCGCCACCGUCUUCCAUCCUCCUCCCCAGCAGCUCUUUGGGCUGCACCUAGUGGGAGGAGCUGCUUUCAGGACUUCCUGUUAGCAAGGCUUCGGCCGGCCGAUCUGGCAGCCAGCCUCCCUGCUGCCUUCAGAAGCCCUGCUGCACUCAGAGUGAACUGGAGAAGCAGGGGCUCAGAUUAGGACUCAGAUUCUGCACUCAGAGUGAACUAGAGAAGCAGGGGCUCAGAUUAGGACUCAGAUUCUGGUUUGACUCGAGUAUAUUUCCAGGCCCUGUGCUGAAUAAACUUCAGCCUCCACUGUUCUCCCUGAACCGCAUUUCACCUUCUAGAAUCUCCACAUGAAGCAUGAGGCGGCUGUAAACUACUGUGGCCUCUUACAAUGAGCAUCAUAAAGGGAAACCACAUUUCUACCACCAAGAGCCAAACCCCCACUGGGAAUUAGAUUUGGAGUCCCUUCUGUGGGAGCAGGCUUCCCAAAAAACAUUCCAGGUGCCAGAAGAGUACAGGGCCCCUACUCAGCCCACCCCCACACUGACACUCAGCUGUAAAGUCAUCCGGGUACUGCUUCAAGGAUGGUUCUGCAUGCCCUGUGCCCCUGCCUGGGCUGCCACGGGUGUGCCACCUCCUCUGCUGGCAGAGUCAGAGCUGUGCCGGGCACUCUUUCCUGCAAGGAGAAGAGCUUUCUGUGCCCAAGCUGGCACUCCACUGGGGACAAUGGGGACUGUUGGCAGAUGUAGCACCUGCUACACUUGCCUUGUGUCCCUCUCCGCAGAGCGCAGCAGCCUCUGGGCAGUGUCCCCCUCCUUCCCAGCACUGCCUUUCUCUGCAGACAAGUACAGUGAUGUGUGAUGCUCCUCCAUCUUGGAAACAGGGACACUAAAGUCCUCCCCUAUGAGGACUUCUUAGCUGUACUAGAUGGCAGGGCUCAGCCAGUGCCUCGGACUAGUCCUCUCAGCACUCUAAGGAGGCUAGUUCCAUGUCCCAUGAAGACAUAAGAACCAGGGCCACCACAUGGUGGGCAUCCAUCCUCCGAGGGAAGGUUACCAUCAGCCACUUCACAGAGGCAUCCGUACCCUUAGACCUAAGGAAGUAUUUACUCACCCCUCCAGGCCUUAUACAGUGCUGGCCAUGUCUAUCCCAGCUGAGACACUGUCCCCAACAUUCUCUCUGCUUUGAGAAGAAGGGUCAUAGCUGAGUGUUACUGUUUAUCCACGGAGCCAAGAAGGUGACAGGCUGAUUCCCUGCCGUUUGAAUGGGCAUUUCACAGUCUUUAACCUACCUGCCCUGCCCGUGCCCCAUCCUGUGCUGUGUGAGUGCCCCGUGAGAGCUCCUGGGUUCACACGGAGAUGUUUCUGUGGUCCCCAGUUAGCCCGCUUUUCUGCUUGGAGAGUGCUGUGUUUACUAGGUGACUUCACUCUUCCUGGUGAACAUUGCUUCCCUUUCUGUCCCCGACAUUGCUGGUGCAGAUUGUAUUCCUCCCCUGUGCGUUAUCAGGUACUCUGUCUAACUGCACAUUUUAAAACCCUGGAUAUUGAACUUUUUUCUUUAGCCACAUGAUAAUCAUCCAUUCUGAUCGCUCACAUUUUGAUUGUAGCAGCUAUUGUCAUUUACUUUUUUAAACAUGCCUCUGUUUCACGCAAUCCUCUCUGAUCAGAUUGGAAUUGUGAGUUAAAACAUUCCUGUGUACUCCAGAGGGUCACAGACUUGCCUUGUCUUACAGGUUUGCUGUGGUCGUCGGGCCUUCCUGGUUUAUUUCAUCAAUGAUGACCUGCUGUUCUGCGCUAACUGCAGCUUGAAAAGAAAAGAAAUGACCACAGUGCCAAAUAAGUAUAGCUCUAGAGCACAGCCUCUCCCUGGGACUUGCCUCCUCCUGUGUGCAGGGAUGGCUAUGUUAGACGAGCAUGCAGGGUUGGCUGUGCUGGACGAGAAUGCAGGUGCUGCCUUUAGUGGCAGGAGAGCUGAAGAAAUGCAAAGAAUCCCCUAGCCGUAGCUGCCAGUGUUGGUGCAGGUUGCUGUUUUUGUAACAGCUCUCCCAGUGGCCACUCAAGGACAAAGUGGGGAGUACCUAUGGCCCUGUGUCAGCCAGUUCUAUUUUUCCCCAGGACACAGUCUUGUCCUCUGCCUUUAUCCAGAGUGGGAGCUACUAGGACAUGGGAGCCUGGAGAAGAGGCUGUAUACACAGAGAGCUAUCAAGCCAGGCCUCUUCACUGAUCAGAUGCCUUCCUCCAUGCUAGGCAAAUCCUUUUUCUGGUAAGAAAUAACAAGUUCAUAUACCCAAUCUCAGGACCAUAUUGGGGUAGAAGUUGUAGUUCUGUUCAUGAGGCUCCAUUAUCUGCUUAACGAUGUCCUCAUGAACCUUGGUGCUGGAACUCAGGCUAAUAAUGUAGGAAACGACUCCUCCUUUGGGAGAGUGACCCCAUUCUUCCAAUAACCUAGCUCUGAGGUCAUGCAAGCACAGAAGCGCCUGGCCAGGUGGGGCUGGUGCUGUCCAUGGCUUGGCCUCACCUGCUUUUCCUUCCUUGGUAACAUGGGCAACCUUCACAGCCACCUGAGACUGCUUCCUUACCUGCAUGAUACCACCAAUGCUGUCUACCCUUGUCAGCCCAGCGAGGUUAAGACAUUGGAAGAACAGGUGUGAAGUGAGUGGCAGAGCCAUUGGGGAGGAUUGUGGUUCCGGAAGUGCCACUCCCAUUGACAGUGUGGGCUACAGAGGCCUUUUGAUGUGGGGUCCCUCCCCAUGGCAGUCUCCUGCAGCAGAGGGUUUGCCACAGGGUAGGAAUGGGGAGGUCAGAGCACUUUACAUCUUAAAUGACACAUAGGGAGGACAGAGUGGGGGGCACCUGUAGUUUAGAUGAAGCCCAGGAGCCAGCAAGUGAGCAGUCAUUUAGCAUGUGCUCAGGCAGCUUCAGGGUCCCAGGCAGCCAGUGAUGAAAGCAUGGCCCAGGAGCCACAAGCCCUCAUAGGCACAGGGAUUAGCUCACUGGACCUUUGGGGCCUUCUCCAGACCAGUAAUAGCCACACAUGUGCCAGAAGUGCCUCACCCCUGUCUCCAACUGUCCUUCUACCUAGUUCAGCUCUCUACCUGAGGACUUCACUUAGAGGCUCUGGUGUUUGAGCCCCACUUCUACCUUGGGAACACCCUAGGCCAGUACUGGCUGUUUCCCUUUGGGUUGGGCUUGUUUUGCUGGUUCCUUCCCAUUGAGCCUCCUCCUGCAACUCCAUUCUUCCUGUUUCCAAACUAAAGGCUGAGCCUGGUUUAAAAGGAGGAAGAUACUGCUAGGUAGAGCUAUCAGCAGCCCCCGGGCAUGGCUAGAAAAAGCUAUCGGGCAGCCCUGGGGCAAGGCAGGGCUGCCCCUGCUCAGGACACAGGAACCAGUAAAAGCCAGGGCAGCCCCUCUUUGUGUGAGUUUUGGAAUCCAGGUCUACCCAUUUGCCAGCUGGUCCUUAUGGAGUUGCUUCUAGCACUCCAAAGUGGACACUUUGACUGGAAGCCAGCCUCUGAACUCUAAACACAUCUGUUGUAAGACAGAUGUGGGAAGAGGCAACAUUUCUACACGGGGGAGGUGGGCUCCCAGGCAGGGGGCUCCCUCUACAUCUGCUCGCUUUUGUCUCCAGAGAUACAGCUGGAUUAUCUCAAAGAGGGAGACUGCCUGUGUGCUAAAGACACAACAGCUCCUUAAAUUCCAGAAAGGGCAGGAGGGCCAUUCCUGCAUUAGGAGAAGCUCCCAUAGGUGAAGGAGCCCAGAUGAAGGCCUCCAUCCAGUCUGGGAGGAGAGUCUGUGUUGAGCAGUGGGCACACCUUCCUGCUCAGGAAAUGCUAGGCACUAGUUGCAUGGUAGCUUCACAGUGGCUGCAGAGGUUAUAUUCCCCCCAGAGGCACUUGAUAUGAGGGGUGACUUCACUCUGUGACACUCUGGAGCACACUCAGACCCCCCAAUGACCAUGGGAAGCCAGUGUCAGAAUUCUGGCUGUAGUUAAGAAAAUGAGGGGAACUAGUGGGAGUACUACACACCUUUAAUCCCAGUACUCUGGAGGCAGAGGCAGGUGGAUCUCUGCGAGUUCGAGGCCAGCCUAGUCACCAAAGCAAGUUCCAGAAUAGCCAGGGUUGUUACACAGAGAAAGCCUGUCUCAAAAAAAGAAAAGAAUAAAAAACAAAAAUGAGGGGAUGGGGCUGCAAUGGGUACCAUCCUUCUACCAAAGAAUUACAACCAAUUAAGCCCACCAUGCAGAGAUGGUCAUUCACCUCAACCUUCCCACAGUACCCUUGACCCUCAACAUGGCAUAGCGAGUUCCUGAAUUCUUGUUCCUACCCCUGAUCCACGGCUACUGAGCUGCCAAAGCCAGGUCCUGCUGUCCCGUUCAUAGCCUCCCUGUCCUCCAAUUAGCCCAUUGUAGAUAAGGCCUUGUCCCUAUCCAUUACAUGUGCCUCACUCCUCGAAGUCUCCAGCUCACCUUCCUCUAAAGCAGAGGCAACCUCAUCUUCGCCCCAGUAUGUUCCCACCCCAGCCUGUUCUGCCCACCCACACAGUAUCCUGAGCUAGCACACUGUGGGGAGGGAGGCACGUCCUGACGGAAUAUGUAUUGCUGACACAGACAAGUCAAGAACUCCAAAGCCUCAGUCCCACUCAAGUGGAGCCUUCCUCUGAGUCCCAGUGUGAGUGAUUAUGUUUGGUUGGCCAGUGUGUGCAAAGAUGCUUAUAACCCAAGACUGCUCACCUACAGAGGCCUCCAUUAGAGAUUGCAUAACUUCUCUCUGUGCUGUGCCUAAUAAACACGCAGCAGCUGCCGGGUGGGGCGGUCCCCUCCCAACUUUACCAUGUCUGUGUGUUUGUCCUUUGUUCAUUCCCUUAUUUCCCCUAGUCAGAGUUCCAGGACCAAAGUCACACAAAGCAUGGCAGACUGUACAGACAAGGUGUACCGCUAGGCCUUCCCUGGUUACAUCCCAGGCAAACUAAUUGGUGGAGGUGGUUUUAAGAUUUGGGAAGGGUAGUUCUGCAGCAGUGAGUAGCUUUCAACCAUGCCCAAGCUGGCGGGACUCAUCCAGAGCUCCUGUCCUGAGGCCAUGGGUCUUCCUCAGCCUUCCCUCCCACCACUGUGCAGAUUCACUUCCAAGUCAGCAGUCACCAUGCCCUCCUUGAAAAGAGGGCCCACACGGUAGCCUCUCCUUUAUUGAGGAUCUGCCUGGGACUAGAGACUUGCCAUGAAAAGAUGGGUCUCUAGCUUUUGGGAACUUGCAAUAAACUAUAAGUAACCAGUAAACCAGUAAGAUGUAGCACUCAGCAGAUGAGCAGAAGGCAGUAGUGAUGGUGUAGAAAGUCCGCUGCUCCAGCGGGAACAUGGCAAAGGCCAAAGCCGUGGGACAAACGCCAGUGUUGGGAGGUGUUAGUGUCUGUCAGGCCUGCAUGCCUUGUCACCCUGGAGAUGCCGGAGUUAUGUCCAGUCCCCCUCCCAUUUAAGAGGGACACUGGCGGGGAUAUCACUGUGCCUCGUUUCCCCAUCUCUAGGGUGGGAUGCUUGUAUUGCCGGCCCUGCAGCAGUGGUGUAUGUGAUUAUACCUGGUUGUCACCCACGUAGCUCACAGGGCAGGUUCUCUAUGGCGGUCAGACUGUGCCAGUGAAGCCCAGAAUGCCAUCAGCUUCUGGGUUCAAGGCUCUGCAUGACAGCAGCAACUUCCUGGGUUUAAUCACAAAAGCCUGAGCCGGAGCCCAGACCCGAUGGCUGGCCAACUAAAGAGGGAAACCACACUGGAGAGAUGGCUCUGCAGUGGAGACCCUGCUGUUCCAGAUGCCCCAGGUUCAAGUCACAGCUCUCAUGGCAGCUCACAACUGACUGUAGCUCCAGUUCCAGGGGAUCUGACAUGCUAACACACACAGGCAGGCAAAACACCAAUGCACAUAAAAUAAAAAAACAUUUCAAAAAAAAAAAAAAGAGGUGCCAGGCCAGCAAAUGCAUGAAGCAGAGCAGCGUGACAGUGGGAGCUGCUGGCUUCUCAGAAUCCUGUUUCUCGGAAAUUCACAGAAAGUCUGUGGCAGGCCUUGCCGAGAGGCUAGCCACAGGGUCACCUAGAGGUGGUCAGGCAAUAGCCAUACUUCACCCCACCCCACCCCUGAGCUGAUCUGGGGACUGAGGCAUGCAGAGUGCAAAUUUCAGAGCCACCCCUCCUUGGAAUUUGGUUGGCCAGGAAACGGUGGCCACCCACCACCACCAAGCCUUUUCUCCAUCCCAUCAUGAAAAUAAGUUGUCUCCCUCAUUAUUAUAUGCUUAUUCCAUUGAGAUUGUUUUUAGAUAUGCAUAUCUUUUAAGAUUUCCAUAUGGCGCCGGGCGGUGGUGGCUCACGCCUUUAAUCCCAGCACUUGGGAGGCAGAGGCAGGCGGAUCUCUGUGAGUUCGAGGCCAGCCUGGUCUACAAGAGCUAGUUCCAGGACAUAAACCAAAAGCUACAGAUAAACCCUGUCUCGAAAAUCCAAAAAAAAAAAAAAAGAUUUCCAUAUGGAUUUUCAAAAGGCCUGUUAGCUGUCCCUCCCCAUAGUCCCUCCUUUACCCUGCCCUCUCAUUCCCCUAUUUAAUCCUAGUUUUUAAUUUAAUUCUAGUUUCCUGUUUAUCCUUUUAUAAUACCUGUUCUAUUCCCCCUCCCCCAGCUCAACACCUUGUGCCACCAAGGAAAAUCAGUGUCAGGAGUGGAUUAUUUUUUGAAUUAUUAGCCAAAAGGGUCCCAUAGCCUUCCCCAGAACAUGAGACGAUUCCCAGUGCUCUUGUUACUGUCAGAUCCAAAAGAACUCCAUUUCCCCAAAUUUCAAAAGACAGAAGAGACGACUGUCUCUUCACCUCCUCCCCUACCCAAGACUCCCUUAGCUUAUGACGUCCCUCCCGCAGCCCUUCUUCUCCAGACCAGAGCAAGCCUGUUCAACAGUUUCCUCCACAACCUCUGUCCUGGGUCAGGUAGACUGGUGACUCUGUCAGGAGGCAGGAAAGCAAACAGAAGAGCCAGGGGAGGAGCCAUGGACUAGGCCUUUCAAAGUGAACUGUUCCCAGUCUAGCUACAGCUGCUUGGUUCAUACUCCUUUUCUUGGUUUUAUUUAACUCUAAACUGCUUCUUUCUCAUGUCUCUAAAACUUUUGCUAAAAUAUAAAUGUUAUGUUGAGAUUUGUAAGACUGUUGUUUAAACGCUCUCAUCUCAGGAUUUUUAAGUUCAUUGGGUGUGGUUUUAAGUCUUUAUAAAAUCUUUAGCAAAAAGUCAGCUUAAAACUUGUAAAUUAAAAGGUUAAUAGUUUAAAAUAUAUACAUAUGUAAUUUUACUAUAUGUAACUUGGAUUCAACUCUUGUUUAGGAUAAAAGGAUGUUUGGUUUUGUUUUUGUUUUUGUUUUUUAAGAAAAAAUGGGUGUGUGCUGAUUGGCUCACCUUGGAGUAAAUAGCAACGUUGUGACUUGCUGACGUUUUCACUAAACAUUUUAAAUAAGGAACAACAUAGUUCUCUUUUAAUAAAUAGGGCUUAUAAAUUCCUCAAGACUAUUCAGGCUGACAGAAACGGAUUUCAGGAUGUAUGUCCAGCCUCUUUGUCUUCUCUAACUUUGUCACACUUUAGCUAUUUGGAUAAACUGAUUCAUACAAGAAACUGCAAU